GGAAAUCUAAAUAUCUUUGAUUUCCCUAGAAUUUUAUCUCUGCUACCAUUUCUGUACAGCCUUCUCCAUUGGCUAAUCAUACCAACCCACACAAUGACUUUAGGUACCUUUCCUUCAACAACGACGAGGCCAGAUCCCCAUUCAUUCUUUGCUGAAUUCGAAAUCCCCAAUUUUCAACCUCAACCCCCAAACCAUGGUCUUAUUCAAGAAAGCUCAGGUAUCCCAUCACAGGUCAUGCACUAAACUUGGAGUUAUGACAGCUUCUCAGCGCAAUAUAAGGCCCAAUAUGUUGAUUGGGGGAUAUAGGCAUAAUUGGGACCUGGUGUGGGAUGCAACUGCAGCUGAUCCUAAAUUGCUGGUCUUUUUGAAAUCGUACAGGAAUUUCUUACACACUGAAUCUGACACAGAGAAGUUCUAUAUUGAAGUCCAGGAAAUUAUACUUGCUAGGAACAAUAAAACUUUUGAUUGGGCUUUGAAAGCAAAAAUGAUGCUGGGAAAGAAAGCAAUAGAAGCUGCUCGGGUCUUUGUUGAAGACACUGGACUUAGUGACUCUCUUACUGGCUACUGCUGAGGACUUUCUGGUUGAAAGAGAGGCAAUGUUGCAGAAAUUGUUUCCAACAAACGAGCUGAUGCCAGGUGUGGGAUGCAACUGCAGCCGAUCCUAAAUUGCUGGUCUUUUUGAAAUCGUACAGGAAUUUCUUACACAUUGAAUCUGGGAGAAGUGGAAACCUAUCUUUAAAACACACAUUUCUGGCCAAGUUUGUCGUGGUGGUUUUGUUCUAAAAACAAUGAUCCAGGUUUGAAGGCUGCUUAUAAACUGGACAAUCAAGUGGAAGAUGGAGCAGUGACGAAAGCUUUUGAAGUGAUAGAGAGAAAUUUGUUUAGGUAGAAGUUGUACUGAGGCUAGAAGUUGGUCUUUUUUGGGUUGGCCUUAAUUGCAGUUCGCCUUAUUUUGUGAUCCCUUAUUUUGUGGAUACAUCGGAUCCAUUUAGAAUGCUAUGGGAUUAUAACAGCUUUCUAUUAUGAUUAAAUUACCAUUCUUUUGGUCA